GGCUUGUGCUCCACGAUACAUCUGGUUUACCAAAGACUUAAAUAGAAGAGAUCCGGUUGGGACGUGCUUUGUUUCUAAUGGAGCUUUCGAUAAUUUUGAAGAAUAUUCUCCUUGUAGAACAAUGAACUGGGGAUACCAUAGACAAGGAUCUUGUCAAGCAGGUUUUAGUGCUGGUGUUGAUAGAGUGGGAGAUCGUCUCUUCGUUGGAGCUCCCGGCAGUUAUUAUUGGCAAGGUUCGGUCCAUCAACAGAGUUUAGAAAGCAGACCAGCUGUGUUUUCUACAAGAGAAGGCAAAGCUCCAGAUGACGAUUCGUACAUAGGGUAUUCCACUGUAGUAGGACAUUUCAAACAAGGACAGGAAUAUGAAGGAAUAGCUGUUGGAAUGCCUAGAGGAAACAAAUUGAAAGGAAAGGUUCUGCUUUUUACUUGGGACCUCAAAAACUACAAAAACAUAACAAUAAGCAAACAAAUCGGCUCCUACUUCGGUUACUCUCUUGCAGCUGCCGAUGUAAAUGGAGACAAAAUGUUAGACCUUAUAGUAGGGGCGCCAAUGCAUACAGAAUCCAAUACUGAGGAAAAAUACGAUGUGGGAAGGGUAUAUGUUUUCUACCAGAGCAGCAAUACAUACGAAAGUUUUAACACCUCACAUUUUAUUGACGGAAUAAAAUCCAAAGGGAGAUUUGGACUCUCGGUAGCUUCCCUUGGGGACUUGAAUCAGGAUGGAUUUGACGACUUUGGUGUUGGAGCGCCAUAUGAUGGUCCCGACGGUAAUGGAGCAGUUUACAUUUACUAUGGUUCGAAGGAUGGCAUUAGAAAAAAAUACGGACAAGUCAUUUAUGCCUCAGAUAUAUCAGGUUCUAGAAACGCUCUAUCUACAUUUGGAUUCUCAAUAACUGGCGGAUUAGACUUGGACAAUAACGAGUAUCCUGAUAUGGCUGUGGGCGCAUACCUCGCGGACUCUGCAUUUUUCUUCAGAUCCAGACCCGUUGUUUUUAUCGACAGCUAUGUCCAAUUUCUCAGUGUCGACAAGAAAAUAGAUCUCAAACAGAAGAAUUGUAAGUUGCCAAAUGGCCAGGAAAGCACUUGUACCUUCAUAGACUUUUGCAUCAAAUAUUACGGCAAGGGAAUUCCAGACAAAAUUAAUCUCGAUGUUCAGUACAUCUUGGAUACAAAAGUAAACUCCCCUCGAAUGGCCUUUAAAAAUUUAGGAACAAGCACAUUCAAUCAAAGCAUCUUACUUUACAAAGACGCCAAAGAAAAUUGCAAACGCGAAGAAAUCAUCAUGAAAAACGAGUUUAAAGAUAAGCUUACAGCGUUAGAGGCAGAAGUUAAGUUUUCGAUGCAGGAGGAGGCCUAUUGGGACGGUUAUAGAGAUGCGCGAUCCAGAUUAACAGCCGUGCUAGAUUUGAAUAACCCACCUUCACGGUCCGAUUCUAUAACGAUCCAAAAGAACUGCGGUCCUGACGAUGUUUGUAUUCCUAAUUUACAUGUAGAAGUUACAUCCAAUGUUAACAAAUAUCUGUUGGGCUCGAAUACAACCAUCGAAUUCGACGUAAUAGUCUCCAAUUUCGAAGAAGACGCGUUCGAAACUACUUUCGAAAUUACAUAUCCCGCAGGAGUCUUCUACAAAGGUUAUAGCAAAAAAAUUGGAUGGCUUUGUAACGACGUAGGUAAUAGGACAGUCCUUUGUGAGAUAGGAAAUCCACUUCCUAGUAAAAAGAUAGCAACAUUCAAAGUGCUGUUCCAACCUUACCAUAUCGAAGGUUUACCCCGCAGCUACAUCUUCAAUACAUUCGCCAACAGUACUAACCCCGAGCUUCCAGAAACGAUGGACGACAAUCGAAAAACGAUAGAAAUCGAAAUAUGGAUCGAUGCCACCUUAGACAUUAGAGGACAAAGUUUCCCUACUCUUCAACCUCUUAGCUAUUAUAACGAAUCCGCCCAAACCUCUGGAACAAUGAAAGAAAUUAGGAAAGAGUCGGACAUCGGUCCCGAGGUUGCUCAUGUUUAUUUCGUAACAAACAAAGGUCCCUCUACAAUUAAAGAGGCCGAAGUGUUCAUUCUUUGGCCUCUUACAUCGCUUGGUGGUGAGGAUCUCCUUUACCUAAUGGAGCAACCAAUCACAAAGGGUGAUGUUAAGUGUGACCAUGUUCAAUUUGCUAAUUAUAGAAAAAUAAAAUCAGAGGCUACAUUAAACACAUUGUGGGAACGCUACAACAUCGAUAUAUCCGCUUUCAAUGCAGCUAAUGCUCAAAAAGUCUCCAAGGAGAAUGGAAAUGAACAUAACAUAGAAAUUGGAAGUGGUAUUAAUAGUGGAAUCGGAGUUAUUAAUAAACCUAGUGAAACAGAACAGGAUAUCAAAAAGGCUGGAGGCGAUUCGUCUGCGGUUUGGGCGCACAGACACAACGAAAGUACCUCAGAAGUUAGCAGUUGGGGUACACUGAAUCCUUAUGGUCAAUAUGAGCUGACUGUCAGUAAAUCAUUUACGAAAUUCAUCAACGGUCAGGCUGUUACUACGUGGGAGAACACCACAACUAUUAGAGAUGCCCAAGGUAAUAUUAUUAAAACUUUAUACUACAACGACAAUACUGACGGUCAAUAUGGCAACGGCAACGGCAACGGCAACGAUGAAUUAAGCUACAAAUUCGAACUGAGACGAGGAGAAUUCGAACACCGACAAGCAAGUUAUCAGAUCACAGUGGACGAAAAUGGAAACCGACAUAUUGUUUGGACAAACAAAACAACGAUAACGGACGAAAACGGAAAUAUUUUAAGAAGUUACUACUGGGACGAAAACACUGGCGAAGUCACACCAAUCAAUGAACAAGGAAAUAUACUCACUAUUCAGGAAGAGCUAAAAAGAGAAGAACAACAAAGAUUAGAACAACUGGAGAGGAGACGACAGGAAGAACUGCGUAGACAAGAGUUACUUAAACAAGAACAAGAGAAGAUACGAAUUGAACAGGAAAGAAAAAGACAGGAUGAAUUGCUUUUAAAACAAGAAGAGCAACGGAGAAUUGAAGAACAAAGAAGGAUUGAAGAACAGCGGAGAGUCGAAGAAAGUAAGAAAACAGAGGAAGAAAGGAGGCGAAUUGAAAUUAGAUUAAGAGAAGAAGAAAGACGAAGGGAGGACGAAAAACGACGACAAGAUGAAUUAAGAAGGCAGGAUGAAAUAAGAAGACAAGAAGAAAUAAGAAGACAGGAGGAAAUAAGAAGACAAGAAGAAAUAAGGAGACAAGAGGAAUUGCGAAGAGAAGAAGAAAGGCGAAGAAUACAAGAACAUAAUACCCCAACUACUUCAAGAUAUCCGACUUAUCCUAAUAGAUAUGAAGAAGAAAGGAGGCGAGAGGAAGAAAGGAGGAGGCAGGAACAAAAAAUUAGAGAGGACGAGAGGAGAAAAGAAGAGGAAAAACGUCGUUUGGAACAAACAAAAAUAUUGGAAGAGAGACGUAGACAAGAACAAAUCAGGUUGGAACAGUGGAGACGUCAGCAGGAAGAAACCAGAAGACUAGAGGAAGAAAAAAGGAGAAUGCAGCAAAGUGGACAAUUCGUCGGUUGGUCUGAAGAGCAGAUUAGGAGAUAUUUUGAUGAAUUGAGAAGAAGAGAAAAUGGUGGCCUAAACGGAGGGACCAGCUCCAGUAGUUAUGAUCGGUAUGGUAAUAAAAGAAUAGUUACCGGAUAUUUUGAUUCACAAGGAAAGUACCAUGCUGCCAAGAAUCCAAGUGAAAUCAUCUAUAACAAAACUUUCGUGAUUGAAAGUAGCACGUCCUUCCCUAUAGACCUCUCCUCUGGCGAAUCUCACACAUUUAGCAGUAACCUCAACGAUUUAGGCUCAGGAUUCACCGUUCAAACCAUCAACUUAGGCGGAGGAGAAAACUUAAAUUCAAGAACACGCGAAGAAUCCUACAGGGGCAGCGGAGGGCCAGUCGUCCAACUUCGGUGGAAGUUCCAACUAUAGAGGUAGCUCUAAUUAUGGGGGAAGCUCGGGCUAUGGACUCAAUUCAAACUAUGGGGGAAGUGCAAGUAGCUCGAAUUAUGGACAAGGUUCAUCUACUUAUGGACAGAGUUCAGGACAAAGCACAUCCAGUCGUGGACAGGGUUCAGGAUCUGGAUCUGGAGGAUAUAGAAGAGAAUGGUCUGCGGAAGGUGGUUCCUUUACCAGUGGCAAGCUUCCUACGACUUACUUCCACAACUCAGUUGAAGAUGACGUUCAGAACGAUGCUCCACGAAGGCAUUCAAGAACGAAAAGGCAAAUAUUGACUGAUAUUGAUCCCUAUGCUAACAUACAAGCUCUAAUUAAGUGUAAUGCUACCAAAUGUAUAUACAUUAGGUGCGUUGUAGGAGCUUUGGAUAGAGACAAGGAUGUGUACAUUGCUUUGAGGUCCAGACUGAAUGUCAGAGCACUUAGAGAACUUUCUGGUGGUGACCAAGCUAUAAAACUAUCAUCCAUGAUGGUAGGGUCGAUCACAGACUUACCAUACGUGGGAGCAAUCGAAAAACAAAAACAAGUACUGAAGAAAUACGAAAUAUUUACUGAAAUACCUGCCAAAGAAACAGAGAUUGUUCCGGAAGUAGCCCCAUUAUGGAUUUAUAUCGUAUCAGCGGUGGCUGGAAUUGUGAUGUUAUUACUUCUUAUAUGGCUGUUAAGCAAGUGUGGUUUCUUCAAGAGAAAUAGGCCAUCUCCAGCUCCCGAAAGGCAACCACUCAACAGGAACGGUUACCACAGCGGUGACGAAGCACUGUAAUUAGAACAAAUAACAAAUUUAAACACUCGGUAGCUAAUUUACUGCCCUAACAAACAAAAGACUCGAUUUUUUAAUUUAUUUUUAUUGAGUGUGUGUACAUGUGUUUAGUCGAAUGUAUAUUUUUUAUAAUUUUUUUUUUGUAUAAUCGAAUUGUUAACUCGAAUACGGCGUCUAACAUUGAUUGGAUAAUUAUUUUUAACUUCGUGUCAUUUAAUUUUUAAUCGACGGUAUAUUAGGCAUCCCCAAAAAUUAAUAAACAGUAAUAUCGCUUGUAUAUUUACAAAUGCAUGUUAAAUAUAUUAAACAAUGAUAUAGAUACGGAGCAGCUAUUAAAUAGAAUUUUUGACAACAUUGUAAAAGUAGUCAUACAAUGAUAGUAUGAUCUGUGUAUAACUUACUGUGUAUGAGUAUAAUGUUAAACUCAUAUUGGCCAUUGCAUUGCAUUGUCAACUAUAGCUAACCUUUAGAAAGACAUCAUCAUGUAGGGUACCAAAGAGUUUGUAUAAAAAUUAGAAGAAACAGCAUAAAUAAAGUUUAUGUUUAUGUACAUCAAUGAGACAAAAUAAGUUGUUAUUGGAUUAUUUCACUGAAAGACACGUUCAUUGACCUGUUGUUUCUUCUUCGUUGGGAGGAAUAUAGGUACCUAAAUAACAUAAAUCAGAAUGAACGCGGUUUGUUUCCUAAAACAUGUGAUUUAUCUGAAUAUUCAAUAUUUUAUUUUAUUUCAUUGCCAGCAAAAUAAAAUUGAACAUAUCCUUUGUCAGUGAGAUGGCGCUUGUUUAAGGGUCAUGUAUACCAGGCUCGGUUAAUAGCGUCUAACUAAGGGUGCCUUUUGAAUUUUAAUUAUAAAUGGACAAAUAUGCAACAUUUUUAUUUUAGUCAAAAUAUCGUUGUAGAUUUCUUUAGUUUGGUCCCAGUAUAAUUUUUGUUGUUAUUUUUGUUGUCGAAAAUAUCACAUUCAAUCUCCUAUGUGGUAAAGAUAAAGUCUGUACUUAUAAAUUUGUAUAAAGUUUUAUGUAAUAUUUCUUGUUAAAUAGGUUCGUUUAUUUUUUGUAACUAUAUUAAAAUAUAACAAAUUGUGAAUAAAAUAUUAAUUCUUAAUGAA